UGGCGUGGUGGCGGUGGAGGCCGGGAGGAGGAGAGCGGUGUGGCUGUGUUUCCCGCCAGUGUGGUGUUGAGAGUGCACGGGAGCAGGAGCGGGAGACCACAGCCAGCCGCAGCCUCACAAUGAGCGACCACGAGGAUGAGCACACCAUCGCCGAGGACUUGGUGGUGACCAAGUACAAGAUGGCCGGCGAGAUCGUGAACCGCGUCUUAAAACUACUUGUGGCAAAGUGUGUACCCUUGGCAUCAGUGCGUGACAUCUGUGCAGAGGGCGAUCGUUUAUUGGAGGAGGAAACUAGCAAAGUUUUUAAAAAAGAAAAGGAUUUAAAGAAGGGUAUAGCCUUUCCAGUUUGUGCUUCAGUUAACAACUGCAUCAAUCACUACUCCCCACUUGCUUCUGAGGGUGAUACAAUUCUACAAGAUGGCGAUUUAGUUAAAAUUGAUAUGGGUGCACACAUCGAUGGGUUUAUUGCAGUGGUAGGACACACUGUCGUCGUUGGGGCAUCUAAAGAGAAUAAGAUAAAAGGACGUCGAGCAGAUGUGAUGCUUGCAGCACACCAUGCAGCAGAGGCAGCCUUACGCCUAGUUAAACCUGGCAAUCAAAACUUUUCAGUUACGGAUACUGUCACUAAGAUUGCAGAAGUAUUUAAGUGUAAGCCAGUGGAGGGUAUGCUGUCCUUCCAACUCCAACAAGGACGGAUAGACGGAGAAAAAACUAUCAUUCAGAAUCCAACAGAAGCUCAGCGUAAGGAGGUUGAAAAGCAAGACUUUGAGACGCAUGAAGUUUAUGGUGUUGAUGUCAUAGUUUCUACUGGAGAAGGCCAGGGCAAGGAAGCAGAAGCACGUGUCACAGUCUUCAGGAAAACAGAAGAAAGUUACAGUUUGAAACUCAAGGCUUCUCGAGAAUUCUUCAGCAAGGUCCAGAAAAACCAUGGAACAAUGCCUUUUAAUAUUAGGUCAUUUGAUGAUGAGAAGAAGGCACGAUUGGGGGUAACGGAGUGUGUGGCUCACAAGCUGGUGGACCCAUACCCUGUCCUGUGGGAGAAGACUGGUGAGUUUGUUGCUCAGUUCAAGUUUACUGUGCUAUUAAUGCCAGGUGGCCAGCACAAGAUCACUGGCCUGCAGCUCGACACUGACAUGUUGGAGUCAGAUUACAAGAUAGAAGAUCCUGAAUUGAAGCAAGUAAUUUCUGCAUCCAUUAGCAACAAGGCUGCGAAGAAGAAGAAGAAGAAGGCUGAGAAGGAAGCGGCGACUGUUGUAAAAAAUGAGGACUAGCGCCACUGAUUUAGCAUUGUCAAACCCCAGUAAACACCCAUUGAUCCAAGUGGAACAAUUUGGUGUGUGUUCCCAGGAGAAGUUCCUUAAAUGUCAGUACUAAUAUUAUUUCCCUUUAUUCUAUCAUUCUCACCCUUUUGGUUAUUCAUACCAGUUACUUCACUUGUACUUGCAAUAAUGUUUGCUUCUUUAUUUAUAGUGAAUCACAAACCAGUUUUUUUUUUUCUGUGGUGAGCUCUCUUCAGUUGACUUUUUGUACUUAGUUUCCUUAUAGAAUCUUAUAUUAUGUAUGGUUUUUAUACUGUGUGUUUUGUGAUAAUUUUAUUUUUGCUAGUACAGAAAGGAACUAAUUUGACGUGCAAGGGAUCUGGGCAAUGUUUGUCACGGGUUGAUAAGUUCAAUGUAACGUAAAUUGAGUGUAUCAUUCCAGCCGCAUUUUUAAUGACCCCAACAUCUUUGGUAUCACUGCUGCCUUCGAAUUGUAUGCCGGGACUUGAUAUUUCAUAUCCCAAAGUAUAAUACUGUACAAGGCAGGAUGUUCCUGGGUUUAUUCUAGUAGGUGGGUUGGUUACUGCUAGCACAAUCAGUCUGCAAGUUUGACUUUUAUGUUGAAAUAUUUUUGACAUUUCUAAAUUUUGUGCUAGUGAAACAACUUGGUCUAUACUGGUAGCCCCAGAAAACUGGCCAAGUGGGAUUUUGCACUAUCAACCCCACCCUUGUUGACUACCAAUCAUGUGCACUUGCAACAGGUCCCCUAUCCAGUGUCUUUGCCUCAGAGGUAAUUUUGUAUAUCCUUUGUACAGAUCUGUAGGUAAGGUAAAUCACCCACAUGCACUAUCAUGUAUAUUACAGUAUAUGCAAAUAAAAUUGUAUCAAUGUGGCUGCCUUCAUUUUAAAAUUAAUACUUUGUAAAUUAGAUUGAACCUGUUGGCAUGCAGUUUUAGUGGAAUUAUAGAAUGUCUUUGACAACUGGCAUCUUCAUAUUGAGUUUUAAAGGUUGUGGUGAGCCAAAUCUUGCAUUAAUAACUUGUGGCUAAGCAGAUGAUCCUUAUAUUCCAUUUCCAAGAAAGUCUAAAAUAGUAAAGUUAAGCUAAUUUGCUGGGAUUCAUUAGUCACUUUCUCUUUUAAUGGAGAUUGUUUUAAUUAUAUCUGUGACAUGGAAUUAAAGCAGUCCUCGAUUUAUUUUAUCUAAGCAAUAUCAAUACAGUACUUUCCUAUUAAGAAACAGAAUUGUAAGUGGGUGACUAGGUAUACAGUUGGUGGGUUUUUAAUUUCUUUUCCUGGUGUAUGGACAAGUAUGAAAUAUCUUUUCAUCUCUAAAUUGGAUGCCCUUAUCACAUGUGCCCAUCAGUUUGGGAAUAUUUUAUUCCCAAGCUAACUUUAGAGCCUUGCUGAAUAUUAAAGUUCAACUUAACAUGUUUAAAAAACGCUUGAUAGCUCUUACCAUGCCGUUUUCUUUGAUGUGAAAGUGAUAAAAUGUAUGUGUGAGGUUUUUAAAUUUUAUUAAUAUGGAGAGCUGCAGUAAACCCCCUCCCCCCCUUUUUUGUUUUGUUUGGAAGGCUAUUAAUUUGUAUAUUCUCAGCUGGAUGCAAGUUGGGAUUGUUUUCUGGGGGUUGCAAUAAAUUUUUAAACAAUGAAAGCAAAGGACAUCUGGCUUGUCACAAAUCCACCAUACUUUUAAGGUGGGAGAGAUUGGGUUAUGCAUUAGAACUGAUAAUUUAAUUUGCAAUAUCAUUGAUUUGGUUAAGUGAAAUUGUUUAGAUAAGCAGCACAAUCUGACUAUUGAAAAUCUAUAUAUAAAUAUACAUAUAUAUAUUUUUUUUGUAAACACACAUACAGACAUGGUUUACGUUCAUAAUGUUAAACAUAGAGCAUCUCAUCACUCACCCUUUCCCUGUCCACUAACUAUAAUAGAUGGGUAAUGACAGAAAACUGGGUUAUGAAAAUGUGCCGGGUUGAACGAGGUUUAACGUAUACUGUAUUUACAAAAUAUUGAACUGGAUCACAAUGCUGUAUAUAAAAAGUUUAAAAGUGGGCAUACAUAUUAGUUGAAAAUUUCUUAAAUGCUAAGUCAUUUGUAUUGUUCUUACUGUACACUAUCAUUACUAUGGUUUUGUUGUCAUAUAGCCCAUUGUGUGUUUUUAGUACUGUCUGGCCUAGCAAUAUAUAUUAGUGAAGGUUGGGGGCGAAAACAAAACGGAUUUAGUGAUGCCGGACAUUUUGUACGCAGGUUUUCAGAUCCAAAAAUAAACCUUGUUCACA